CCUCACCCACACACACACACACACACACACACUAACACACACACACAACCUCAAGCCCAGAAACACCGGAUGAGGAAGAAGGAUAAGUAAGGCUCGUGGAGCUCGAGGCGUGGUACCGAGAGUCGGACAGCUCAGAGAAACAGAACCGGAUCUCCUCUCCGCGCGCGCACAUAUUUCUAUCAGCGUAUCUGAUCUUCCCUGAAGUCGGAUCGGUGUGCGUGUGAGUGUGUGUAUGAGUGUGUGUAUGUGUGUGUGGGAAUAGAUUCUAAACUCCAGAUGUUAGUGCACACUUACUCAGCCACGGACCGCCAUGACGGUGUACCGGGCCACAGCUCGCGGCUCUCCCAGCUCGGCUCGGUGUCUCAGGCUCCGUACUCCAGCGCGCCGCCGCUCUCGCACGCGCCUUCCUCGGAUUUCCAGCCACCGUACUUCCCGCCGCCGUACCAGCCGCUGCCGUACCCGCAAAGCCAGGACCCGUACUCACAUGUAAACGACCCUUACGCCCUGAACGCGCUGCACCAGCCGCACCAGCAGCACCCAUGGGGCUCGCGCCAGCGGCAAGAGGUCGGCGGGGAGAGCGCGUCCCUGCUGCCGCAACCGCGGGCCUCGCUGCCGCCGCAGCUCUCCGGACUCGACCCGCGCACCCGGGAUUACUCCUCCUCCGUGCGCCGGCCGGACGUGUUGCUGCACUCGGCGCCGCACGGGCUCGAGGCCGGGAUGGCGGACAGCUUGUCUCUGCACGGGCUCACGCACGGCAUGGACGACACGCACGCUGUAGAAGACGCCAAUAACAGUGGUAUGCACAUCCUGGAUCAAUCCGUUAUCAAAAAAGUCCCGAUGCCGCACAAGAGCGUCACGUCUCUGAUGAUGAGUAAAGACGGUCUGAUCGGCGGCGUCACCGUCAACGUGAACGAGGUGUUCUGCUCGGUUCCUGGCCGCCUGUCACUGCUGAGCUCCACCUCCAAGUACAAGGUGACGGUGGGAGAAGUGCAGCGAAGACUCUCACCGCCCGAGUGCCUCAAUGCAUCACUGCUCGGCGGCGUGCUCCGCAGAGCGAAGUCGAAAAACGGCGGAAGAUCCCUGAGAGAGAAGCUGGAAAAAAUCGGGCUGAAUUUGCCCGCAGGGAGACGCAAAGCCGCCAACGUCACUUUGCUGACGUCACUAGUGGAAGGAGAAGCUGUUCAUUUAGCACGAGACUUUGGCUACAUAUGUGAAACAGAAUUCCCCACCAAGGCCGUGUCUGAGUACCUCAACCGGCAGCACACCGACCCCAACGAGAUCCACGCACGAAAAAACAUGCUGCUCGCCACAAAGCAGCUAUGUAAGGAGUUCACAGACCUCUUGGCGCAGGACCGCACUCCACUCGGGAACUCUCGUCCGACGCCAAUCCUGGAGCCGGGCAUCCAGAGCUGCCUCUCUCACUUCAGCUUUAUCACACACGGCUUUGGCUCACCGGCCAUCUGCGCCGCGCUUACCGCACUGCAGAACUACCUGACCGAGGCGCUCAAGGGCCUUGAUAAGAUGUUCAUCAACAACCAGACCUCCAACCGGCACACUACGGCCGACGGCUCGAAAGGAGGAGAGAAGGAUGAGAAACACAGGAAAUGAGGCACAAUGUCAAAAAAGGAGAAGAGGCUCAAAGUGCAGCGCUUAUCAGAUGUGUCCAGAGAUUCUUUGUACUCAAGAUUUAUGAUGUUCUGUUUUAUGUUCUUGUGAGGGGGGGGGGGGAAUGGGACGGCACGUCGACGAAGAGGAAAAGAAAGAAGGGAAAGUGGAGGAAAGAUGUGAGGAACUUGACACGCAUGCAAUGCCGUCAUUAUACAUGCGAGACUGGCAACAUUUUGUCGUAAAGAUAUUAAGGAUGAACAACGGACCAACACACACACACACACACACACACACACACACAUCUCAUUGAGAAAAUGGCCACUGCUUCACUGUCCAGCCUUUAACCAGAGACACUCAAGAAAGGCAAAAAUGUUGUUUUGAACAAUGCUCGGUGAACUCAACACCAGAACCCUGUUUAACUCCCCAGGCUGUGUUCUCGCUCUUUCAUUUGCUUUAUGAAGGCAUGACUUGUAGACUCUAGUGUUUCUUUUGACCAGUGAACUACUUCAGAGUGUUUAUACAACUGUAAUUCAAUCUUCUUAGAUCUAAAUAUAGGAAAAUGCACCAUUUUCCUAUUUAGCUCGCGAUUAAUUGAGUUGAAACCAGAGCCCAGGAUUAUUGCUCAUUAUAUCAGUGUUAAUUUGAACCACUUGGUUUUCACUAUAUCUUAAAACAUCACUAUUUUAACACCCAACAUCAUCUCACGUAUGCGUUUUAUUUGAAUUCAUUAUACAAUUAUACAAGGAAUUCGCUGAGGAGUUAUGAGUUAAAGGUUUUGCUCCAGAAACACCGAUUUGAGCAUCACAUCUUGAGCUACACACUGCCUUUUCAGUCUUUUUUUUAAAAAGUACUUGUUACAAAUUAAAGACAUUGUGACCCAUGUAAAGAAAACCCUCUAUACACACUUUGUAUGUAUCACAAGUACUGAAUCAGUGUUGGAUUGGCGUCCAUUUGGAGAACAUGGAGGUGUCUAUUCAACACCACUCUCAAGGGCGUCUAGGAAUCAAUUAUACAUAUACAGUGGGAUCCAAAAGUUUUUAUCAUUUUGAGAAAACCAUUCGAUGUUUAUGUUGACUGAAUUGAACAAAAUAUAUAUAUAUAUAUUAUCGGGUUUGUUUUUCAUCUUAACUAGUCUCCUCGACUGAGUUCAGCAAGUGAUGAAUCAGCAUGUAUCAGCAGUAAACACAGCAGCACUGGGUUUUGAUGUUCGAAAUCGAUUCGAUCACCAUACUUGAGAAAUUCACCUCUAAAAUCUGUACACUGUGCAAAAAAAUGUUCGAUUUUUACGAGAACCAACAACCAUGGUUUUAUUUCCCACUUUGUAUGGUUACAAUUCAAACACGUGGAAGUAGUUCCACAUUUUUACUUCUGCCGAACGCAGCAUCGUUCUUCACGUUGUUCAGAAUGCAAUCGGACGCUCUCACACACAGAUCAUCAGGUUUUAUACGAUUAUUGUCAUUAAAUCAACCGACAGCAGAACCUAGAAAGCAGGAAUAUUUUCAAGAUUUGACGUUCUGUUUUUAUACUGGUAAAUUAAAAGACGAAUUGAAAACAGGAGCAGACUUUUGAACUCACUGUAUUUAAUGCAUCUAUUCCUGGACAUAUGAGUGAGGGUCCAGACUAAUACCCUUCUUCUCAGCAUGCACAUGUGGGCAGAUUUAAAGAAGAAAUUUUCAGAAGAAUGAAGGUGAAUGUCAAAGUUUUAAACAAACACAAACCUCCUGAGCUUCAGUGUUUAUUGCUCAUGCAUCACAGUCUUGAUGUACACACUCAUUUCCUUUUUCACCUGAGCUUCAUGACUCGAAUCAUUCAUAUCCUUUCUUACGAGUUAUUUAAUACCAGUUUUGUGAUCAACCAUGUUGAAAGAUUUUAUCCAGAGAUGUUAUUGAAAUGUACACUGAGCCCCCCACCCCCCUCUUUCUCAUUCUGUCUUUCUUUCUUUCUUUCUUUCUUUCUGCGAUGUUUUCGAACAGAAGCUCUGCCAGACCGGAAGUCUCUUCUAAUUUAUGUUUGUAUGUAUAUAUAUAUUUAAUUUAUGCCUAAUUUAUGGAGGAAUGGAGGAAUGUACAUAGGAGCAGCUGGCUCGUCUGUCUGUGACUGUGUCCCAUUGUGCGGGUGAACGCUCGGUUUAUAGAUACCAUCAUGUAUUAUAUCAUUUUAUUUUUUUUUUUUUCUCCCCUUGUUUUUAUUUUUUAUUAUUAUUAUUUUUCAUAGGCAACUCGUUAUAUGGUGAAGGGUAGAAUUUGGUUCUUUGUCCAGUGAAUUUUCAUUUAUAUACCGAAAUAAGGAAUAAAUGAUGUGUUUUAUUGUAA